AUGGAAGAAUAUCAGCAAAUAACCUUAGAACAGUAUACCCCAACAAUGAUUAUUGAAGUUGGCCACACUCAGAGUUUUCCUGGCCUUUAUCAAAAAGUAGCUCUUUUCUUUUCUCAGCAAACAACCAUCCAAAUUGUGCUAAUGGUUAAGAUAUUUGAACUUCAUGUAGACCAUACUAUUGUAUUAGUUGUUGUGUUAUGCCUUUGUACAAGUUUAACACCAUUGAUUCCAGUUCGUAUCAUCUCUUUUGGAACAGCAAGUCCACAUCAGAAUACUGUGACCUAUAUUACUAAUAUUAAUAAUGGUAUGGGUGUUCCUCCUGAUAACUUUAUUGGUGUUGGAUGUAUUGAUUCAUCUAAUGGUGAUCAUAAUUAUCCCCUUUGUAAUGUGGCUGGCAUUGCAACAUACCAAAUGAGUAUUCCCGCAGCUGAAAUAUUUGAUACACAUAGAAUUCCUGCAGGGUUUGAUAAUGGAUUUUAUUUGGAUCUCUGA